UGCAAGGAGGGUCAGGCGGAGACUGGAUCCUCCGAGCUCGGGCCAUCUGCGCCGAGCUCGGUCUGAUGGUUCCACUGAAGCCCUAACCAGGGGGCCGGGGGUCCACGGAGAGGAUCUGAAACCCGGCGUCGGCUGCGGAUGACCGUGGAGGGAGUGGAGCCGCUUAUCCCAGCCUUUCCUCGCCGUGGCGCCGCAUUAGCAGCAUCUGUCGGGGGAUUUUUCUUCUUCUUCUUUUUUAUUUAUCUUUUUUAUUUUCUCGUCUUCUUCUUCUAAACGGGUUAACGCUCCGUUUCUGCUGGGUAGAGGAAACACAGAGAAGAUCUAAGAGAGAUUACACCGGCUUGAGGAGGCUGCAGGGCGGCCCAAAGCCACGGAUUGCUCCGUUGACAGGUUGUCAUCAUGGGCAACGCGCCCACGGCCAGAAAGGGCAGCGAGAUGGAAAGCGUCAAGGAGUUCCUUGCUAAAGCCAAAGAGGACUUCCUCAAGAAAUGGGAGAAUCCUUCACAGAACACUGCUAGCCUGGAGCAGUUUGAGAGGUUGAAAACCUUGGGCACGGGCUCGUUUGGCCGCGUUAUGCUGGUGAAACACAGAGAAACGGGACAGCAUUACGCCAUGAAGAUCCUCAACAAGCAGAAGGUGGUGAAGCUUAAGCAAAUAGAGCACACUCUAAACGAGAAGAGGAUCCUCCAGGCUGUCAGCUUUCCCUUUCUCGUGCGCUUAGAGUAUUCAUUCAAGGACAACACCAACCUUUACAUGGUUAUGGAAUAUGUACCAGGUGGAGAAAUGUUUUCCCACCUACGAAGAAUUGGCAGAUUCAGUGAGCCGCACGCUCGGUUCUACGCUGCUCAGAUCGUGCUGACCUUUGAGUACCUGCACGCUCUGGACCUGAUCUACAGAGACUUGAAACCUGAAAACCUGCUCAUAGACCAACAGGGCUACAUACAGGUUACAGAUUUUGGCUUUGCCAAACGGGUAAAGGGCCGGACCUGGACACUGUGUGGCACCCCAGAAUAUCUGGCUCCAGAGAUCAUCCUCAGCAAGGGAUACAACAAGGCAGUGGACUGGUGGGCGCUGGGUGUUCUCGUCUAUGAGAUGGCAGCAGGGUAUCCUCCUUUCUUUGCCGAUCAGCCAAUUCAAAUCUAUGAAAAGAUUGUAUCAGGGAAGGUUCGUUUCCCAUCUCACUUCAGUUCAGACCUGAAGGACCUACUGAGGAACCUCUUACAGGUGGAUCUCACAAAACGCUUUGGGAACCUCAAAAAUGGAGUCAACGACAUCAAAGGACAUAAGUGGUUCGCAACAACUGACUGGAUUGCCAUCUACCAGAAAAAGGUGGAAGCUCCCUUUGUUCCAAAGUUCAAAGGACCAGGCGAUACCAGCAACUUUGACGACUAUGAAGAGGAGGAGAUCCGUGUCUCCUUCACCGAGAAAUGUGCCAAGGAGUUUGCUGAAUUCUAGAGUUAGAGGAGAAGAAAUAAGGAAAAUAGGGAAAGUCUAAGGUAGGCUGGUCAAACGGGAGACACAAGAAAAGUCUACUGUCUUCUGUCCAAAUAUAAGCACCAGCUACAAAAAAGAAAAGGGAAAAAAUCGAAUAGAGGUGUGCGAAAAAGAGAGCGGAGACUGAUAACCAGCAGUGUUGCCUUUUCUGUUGCGUUUCUGUUGUGUUUUAUUUAUUGUCGUCUUAUUUAUGAAUCCCUUUACAACGACGCUGUGUUUCAUGGGUGUCGGGAGCCCCACUAACUUAGAGUUGCCUCUACGCAUUUUCACCCGAGAUCUUCCCGUUUCUGCAUUCAUUUCUGUUCUGUUCAUUUCUGCCACAGCCAAAAGACAAGUCAACCAGUCAAUCUGCCGGUCAUUACAUGAGCGUGCACGUAAGAUAUCGUCAGUUUACAUCGAUGAGGUGAAUUGAGCAAAACACAACACACGUUAAGAUAAAUGCCCAUGGGAUAUAUAUUUUGUCUUGAGUUCACCUGACCCAUUUCAUAGAUAUAAUACUUCAAAGGCACGAGAGGCCAAAAGAAAGACGAAACAAAAAGUCAGGUACGUCUGUUGUGUAACUCCAUCUAUGGCUCUUAUUAUUGUUAAUAUAUACAGACUUUGUACAUAUCUGCAGUACUCCAUUUUUAAAUGUUAGUAGGUACUUAGUGGCUCCAGUGAAACCAUAUCACGCUAAUGUACAGUACAAUGACAUACGAAUAAAAAGAACGGAUUUCUCCCAGUUUCAAUGGUGUUGUGAGAAAAACACCAACCGCAUAAUGGAAACUCAGGUUUGAACAUAUCACUUAACAGACAUUUAUCUCCAUAAAACCUAUGGAUCAGCAGGCAAAUCUCGGAGUAUAGAUUUGGGAAUUUGAAGUUCUGGUUUUAAACGAGUUUAAAAGGAACACACACAAAAAAAGGGACUAUUUAGAGUUUUAGUUGGCGUCUUCCACACUUUAUCCCUUCCAGAAUAUUUGGUCAGUCUUGAUAAAAGUACUUCCUGUUUCAGCUCAGAGCUAAUUUACUAGAUGAGAUUAUUCUACUUGUUGAAACAACCGCUUGGCCCCCUGGUUUUGACUUUUAGACACCGUGUGAGGCAGAAGACCUCCGACUGCUUCUGGCUGAGGGUCAUCAGUGCUCCAGUCUGUACGGAUGGCGAUCAGGAUCGUGUGCUUUACCUUGGUUGUUGCUGUUUGCUCAUAUCACAAAAGAGAACCAUGCAACUCUGUUAUCAUUUCCUUUGUGUGUGUGUUCAGGACAUGCACUAGUUUUGCUAAGUUUCAUUUUAUGUGUAUGUAUUGAUGAUCUGAAAAUGAUUGGUACUCUAUUUGUCGAGUUACAGAUGGGUGAACCACCAGGGGGUGAAUAUGCAUCGGGGAAUUUUGUAUUGAACAUGUGUUUCCUCAGUGAAUUUGUUUCCAAUGAGGCUAUUGGUAUAACAUUCACACCAGAUGUUGCUAGCAACCCAAAUAAUCUGUACAUACAAAGAAAUAAAAACAACUAAGUCCAUAAAUCAGGUUGUAUAAAGUUGAAUUCUCGUAUUUGAAAGAGAAGUUUAAGACGUCUCCCGUAUGUAGAAACUACUCAAAGUUCUCAGUUGUCAUUUUGAAUUGUUCUUUGAUAAAAACUGUCUUCAAAUUUCAUCCGGCCUCUCCGCCGCUCUCUGAUAACCAGUUAUUUCUGUAGUGUUUCCAAUUAUAUUCAAGUCAGGUGAUUGACUAUGUUUUUGGGAUCAUUGUCUUUCUGAAACGUGCUGUUGCACUCCGUCCUAUCUUGCCACGUAUGCUGGCAUUUUAAAAGAUACCUGUUACGAGUCUGAACAUGAGGAAAUUAAGGACAUUUUGCAAAACCUCAAAUUCUGUCAUGUUUUUCAAGUAUUUGUCCUACUUUUGAUCAGCUUUGUCUGUUUAUACCAGCGACAAAUAGGACCAAUUUUAAAAUGUUCUGCAGUUAUGACCAGUCAUGUAUUGCUUUUUCAUAACCACACCAUCUUUUAAUUUCUCCUUAGAAAGAUAAAAAACAGACCCUAUGGGUAUUAAAUUUCUAUGCUCUGAGAGUGCCCCCUAGUGGUUCAAACAAUUACUAACCAGAUUAAUCAAAACACAACAGCUACAGCUAAAAUAAUUUUGUGGCAGCUGCUGCAUGUAUACCUGACGUAUGAGAGCAACCACUCUCAUGUGGCAAGAUUUGGUUUAUAUUAUAAUUAAAGUUGAAUAUGCUACAGUGUUGAAUGUGUAGUGAUGCGAUAUGCAUUAUUUUCCAAUCACAUAAUUUCCUGAGGCAAAAAAACUGAUACAAAAUAUUGUAACAAGGGCAUUACUAAGAAUAUCUUGGUACAUUUCUUCCUAUAAAUGCUGCCAGUACCAUAUCCUGUAAGACAGGCCCACACUAUAAUGUUCCCACCUCCAAACGUCACUAUCACUAUGGUGUUUUUGGGGUUGUUGGCCAGUGCCAUUUCUUCUCCAAACAUUGUGUGUGUAGUGACAUUCAAAGAGUUUAAUGUUGGUCUCAUCUAAAGAUGAUAAGCCAGUAUUCCACUGACUUGACCAAAAUGUUCUAUAGCAGACUUAAAGCAAGCUAGAGCAAACUUUAUGGUCAAUAAGGGAGUCUUGUAUAGUGAGGCCAUUGUGGUUGAGUUCAUUAUUUAUUUCCAUGAUAAAAAAAAAAAUUGGAUUACAAAAGCUCAGUGAGACCAAUCCUUUGCUUUUGGAGACCUGAUCUGAUUACUCUUUUUUUGUCAGAAAUUUUACAAAAAAACACUGUGUUCUUUCCUCCUCGGAUAAUGGCUGUAAUGGUUCUCAUUCAGAAGCUUAGAAAUAUGUCUCUAACCAGUGCUAUUUGUAUUUUUGCAAUAAUAGGGGUGAGGAGGUCGUAAAAUUGCUUCUUACGUUUUUCUUGCGGUAGCAUAAAAGAGAAAUUGUUUACGCUCGCGCCUAAAUCAACUGUCAUGAAUUAUUGAUAACUGAACUAAUAUAAGGCAGGAUUGCUUACUACAUACAGUAGUUACAGAUUUCAGUUAUGUUCAGUUGCCUUUUUCUUUCAAGUUUAUUACAUAUGUUAUGUUGAUCUUGCUGUGAAUGGGAGUUUCUUGGGUUGUUACAGACAUCUAGUGUGAAUUUUAUGUCAGUUGGACUGAUAGAAAUUUAUUUACUGAGAAGAACUAUGUUUGAUCAUUGUUUUCCUGCUAUAGCUUGUUGAAAUAUCCUUUUACAUGUACAGUAAACAACCUGGUGAUUUGAAGUUUAUGACAAAGGCCACCUCAGGUGUUCGGGGGUCUCUGUGCUUGACACAGUUUGACAGCAGGGCAUUAUAACAAUGUCCUGAGAGGAUUACAUUUUUGUUUCAGGCAUUAAAUUAUAAUUUGAUCUUUUACCUUAAUAGGGAUGUGAAAUAUUAUAGUUCAGAUAGGCACAAGGAAUUCCUUUCAUCAUGUUUUUUGUCAAGAGUCUCAACUUUGUGAAAAAUCUCAGAUAUGAGAAAAAUAUGAUCAGCCUUUUGUUUGAAAUACACAUCUGUAAUAUUA